UGUAACAGGUGAUGACAGUGAAGCGGUGUAUGUGAUCAUUUCUGCGUCGCUAUAGAAAAAAAGCCUUAUUUUUUUGUAUUACCGCACCGCUGUAACUGUGACAGCUGCAUAAACAGGAUUUAAACAAAUGCUUACGGGUUUAUCUCCUACCAGAAGUACGAAGAUAAAAUGGACAGGGACUCUUCUGGUGCUGCAGAAAGGACCGAGCCGGCGUCACCUUUGGGGAAAAAUAUUCACGAAGACACUCGCGCAGCUGAUUCCCGCGCCUCCCGGUCAGGGACCUGUAGAAAUACUGAUGUCGCACGAGCCAGGUGGACCCUGCUGAGACAGGUGUUGCGUCAGAAGCAGGUGGAGAGUCCGGAGGUCAAACAAGUGUCUGUUCGCAGGUUUGCCACAUUUGACCUUUUCAGCAGAAAAAGGCUUGUGGCACGAGACCACAGUGAUACCUCAGAUGACCAGUGGGUGGAGUACAGAAGUGUCUACUUUCCUGAGUACAGUGCCUUACUUAGGGAUAACAUGGGACCUCUUAGAGUUAAUGAAGUGCUCAACAGUUUUGACAACACCGGUAAUGUCUGUGUGUGGCCAUCUGAAGAGGUGAUGGCGCAUUACUGUCUGCAGAAACGUCACAUGUUCAAGGGUGCAGUGUGUGAGUUAGGAGGAGGUAUGACUUGCCUUGGUGGGCUCAUGGUUGCCAUUUGUGCUGACGUGACGGAAGUCCUGCUAUCAGAUGGGAAUGAGAAGUCCAUUCAGAAUGUUCGAGGGCUGGUUGAGAAAAACAGGCAAGCUGGAAAGUUUGACUCAACAUAUGUAUCUUCCAGGGUAGUAAGGUGGGACUGUGAGAUGGAUAUUUCUGCACUGGAGGGUCACUUUGAUUUCAUCAUGUGUGCAGACUGUUUGUUUCUGGACCAGUACAGAGCCAGCCUGGUUGAUGCUAUAAGGAGAUUACUGCAACCCAGCGGCAUGGCAUUGGUGUUCGCUCCUCAGCGAGGGGAAACUCUAAGACUCUUCUGUCAACUGGCCCAGCAAGCUGGAUUUUGCAUCUCUCAACACCAGCAGUAUGAUGCUCAGGUCUGGGAUGUCCACUUGAAGAUGCUGAGGGAGGGAAAAGAAGUAUACGAUGAGAAUAUCCACUAUCCUCACCUAAUCACAUUGACCAAAGGACCCCAACCUGUCAGCCUCACUCAGUAAUACAGAACAAGUGAGCCUUUAACUGUAUACAGUUCCUUUGUAUUACUUGCUAGAUAUUUUAAUUUAGCAUCAAAAAGCUACUGUCCAUCUAAAAGUAGUCUCUCACCAGCCAUCCCUUUAACCAGGUGGCCUGCCAUUCUUGUAAUUGACCAAACAUCUAAGCUCUAGUCAGCCUGUUACUCAUCCCUUUUCUUAAUCUUUCAUCCAAGAAAGGGGAUCACAUUGCUAAACUGUCAUCUGGCCAACCAGGUAACCUUUGAGUACUGUGUCAGACCUUUAGUGACCUUCACUAGCCAGUUAGUUGCUUAGUCAGUUAACCAGCUAUUCAAUCAGUCAGUUGCACUGACAUUUUCUCCAUCGUUCCUGAUACAGGUGGCAGUUGUUCAGUCAGUUGCCCCGAUUAAACUUAGUCAGCAUUAAUCCAUGCCGCUGUGUUUCUGGCCUCAGCAUGGAGGCCUGCUCUACUUCAUUAACUGUUACAGGCUGCUCACAGCUUCCUCUCUUUCCUGUUUUAAUGUCUUUAAAUGCAACUCAUUCAUCCCAGUCAGAGGUCAAUAUUAAGAAUUUAUUUUCUACAUUGCAUUUGCAUAUUAUGCACGUUCAGACUAACGAGCUACAGAUUGGAUUUGAUACAACAAAAUUGCAUUUUCAAAGCUCUGUUGAUGAUAUAUUCUGUGUUUUAACUGUACAACAGACAUUUGUUCUGAGUACCUGAAACUUCUGCUUGAUUGGUAUUUUGUUUUAAAAAAAAUCAAAAUGCUGUUGAUGAAAUUAUUAAUCAGACUUACUUGUCAUCCUCAGCUGCAUAUUUUCAGCAGGCUGCACUCAAAACAGUUACCGACAGUGCAAAGAUAUGAAACAUAACAGCUACUGGUUUGAACCUUCAGGACAUGUGUGUGUAUCUAAAGAGAGAAGAAAUACAUACACAAAUAAUGACAUCACCAUUUGCAUUUAUUGAUAAGUGACCCUGAAACUGUGGAAUCAAUAAAUUAUAUUAGUA